AUGCUUAAUAUCAAUACCAACUUCCCUGGAGCAAUGGACAACAAGCUACGCCUGACAGCAGGAUGCUCUGAAUCAAACUUCCAACGGGAAGGUUGCCGCUGGAUCGAUCCAUUCCCACUCACUCAUGCGAAGAAUCUGAGUUAUCGAGAUGACAAAGAGUUUGAUUUGGGACCCCUUCUCGACUAUGUACCGUCCUCGACAUUAGUUGAUCAAUCGUCUGAGAACAUGCUCAAACGACCCAUCAUCCAGAUCGAAGACAGUGACUACAAAAACCACAGCAGAGCAACUCGUUUCAAACGAUAUCGUACAUGCAACGAUGUCGCAAUCAGUAGUGCUGCUGAUGUGAUCCCAGAUGACUCAAUCAGUGCUGCUGAUGUGACCCCAGAUGCUUCAAUCGGUGCUGCUGAUGUGUUGUUCCCAGAUGUGGAAAUCAGUGCCGCUGAUGUCUUCCCAGAUGUGGCAACAAGUGCUGCUUCUGCUGCUGCUGCUCAUAAUGUGACCCCAGAGGCGCAGGAAUACCCCCGUUUUCGAAAUUAUCAAGAAGAGCAGUGGCAGAACCAAUUCCAGGCUCUUUUGGAGUUCAAACAGAAGCAUGGACAUUGCUGUGUUCCAAACAAACACGAUGAAAAUCCAGUUCUAGGACGAUGGGUCAAGAGACAAAGAUACCAACACAAGCUGCUCCAGCAGGGGAAGAAAUCCACGCUGGUCCCUCACCGCGUCAAAGCAUUGGAGGAUGCUGGCUUCAUCUGGGAUUCUCAUUCGGCUCUAUGGGAAGAGCGGCUGAAUGAACUCAAAGCUUAUCGCCAAGUCCAUGGCCACAGCAAUGUACCGUCGACUUACACUGCAAAUGCGCAGCUAUCGACUUGGGUAAAAUGCCAGCGCCGCCAGUACAAGUUAUUCUUGGAGGGCGACCCGUCCUCCAACCUGACACCAGAGCGCAUAUCCGCUUUGAACCAGAUCGGCUUUCAGUGGUGUGGACGGCUGGCCAGAAGGAAAAGUACAAGACCCUCGUACUAUUAA